GUUGAUGUAAACCACAAAAUGGCACUUAUCCCUUCCUUCUCUCUUCUGUCCUUUCUAGCCAUCCUGACCUUAGCCCAAGCCCAGUCCGAACUCUUCCUUACUGUGGUUAACAACUGCCCAUUCACAAUAUGGCCUGCAGUCCUCCCUAACCACGGUUUCCCAGUCCUAGAAAAGGGGGGUUUUCCGCUCAACUCCCUAACCCACCGCUCCUUCCCUGUCCCUAACACUCAUUGGGCCGGUCGUAUCUGGGCCAGGACUGGUUGUACUUACUCUAAUGGGAGGUUCAGUUGUGCAUCCGGUGACUGCGGUGGCCGCCUUGAAUGCAAUGGCUUAGGCGGACAAAUCCCUGCCACCUUAGCCCAGUUUAGCAUCCACCACGGCAACAGGGAUCACUCCGCCUAUGGAGUCAGCCUUGUUGAUGGGUUCAACCUUCCGAUGACUAUUACCCCUCAUCAAGGCAAGGGAGUUUGCCCUGUGGUUGGGUGUAAGCCUAACUUGUUACAGGCCUGCCCUGAGCCUUUGAAGUUUAGAGGCCCACAUGGUAAUGGGCCUGUUGUGGGCUGUAAGAGUGGAUGUGCAGCCUUUAACACUGAUGAACUUUGCUGUAGGAAUCAUUUUAAUAGCCCACAAACUUGUCAUGAGUCAUCUUACUCUCAGUACUUCAAGCAUUCUUGUCCAUCUACUGCUACUUAUGCUCAUGACACACCUUCCCUCAUGCAUGACUGUGCUGCCCCACGUGAGCUCAAAGUUAUUUUCUGCCAUUAAAAUUUAGGAGGGGAGAGAGAGAGAAUUAUGAACAUUGUAGUGUGCCCUUUUCUAUUGUUUAUGUUGUUGUACUCGUAUGUUAAUUUGAUGUCUAACGUCUGGAUAAUCAAUGGACAAUUUAGUCUUUUGCUUUGA